CUUUUGGACGUCUAAACCGGGUGAAGUUGAAUAUUCCAGUCGCUGAACUGAGGGCUCGACGGGCUCGACACCAGGCUGGCCAUCGACGGCAACACGGCGCUGCAUUGCGCUGCACCGCAAGCAGAUGCACCAUGCCACAUCACGCUUCCAACGACGGACUGCAUGCAUAGCUUGGAUCUACGAGCUCUCGGAAACCGAUGAUCCGCGGAGCUGGAGCCUGUUCAUGGGCGCACUGGGCCGUCAAGGUCUUUGGGAGCUGGCCUUGGAGUCUCUUCGCGCACUUCGCCAAAAGCACGACGCCGAGGGCGAUGCUCCGAGCAGCCGAACGCGGAGCGAGCAGCGGCUGGUGGCCUCCGCCAUGACGGCCUGCAGUCGGGCGACGCAGUGGUCCAUCGCGCUGCUGUUGCUGGGAUCCACUGGCAAGCCGGAUGUCAAGCUCCUCAAUGCAGGGAUUGCGGCCUGUGCCAAGGGUGGCAAAUGGCGGAGGAGCUUAGAACUUCUCAGUGAGAUUCAAGCGCAGUUGAUGCUGCCCACAGUCGUUUCCUUCGGCAGCAUCAUCAGCGCUUGUGCAAGUGGGCAGGCAUGGCCGGUGGCCAUCCAGUCCUUGGACUUGAUGACUUCGCUCCAGAUCGAUCCCAGCGUCGUCACAUAUAGCGCGGCGGCCAGCGCCUGUGAGAAGGGGCACCAGUGGCCGAUGGCCUUCGCCGUGCUACAGCGAAUGCACUCGCAUCAAUUGCAGCCGAAUGUGGUGACGUUUGGUGCUGUCAUCAGUGCUUGCGAAAAAGGGCUGCAGUGGCAGCGUGUCUGUGGCCUACUUGCCCAGAUGCGUCACCACGAGGUGCCCCCGAACACCAUUUGCUGCAAUGCAGCGAUCAGCGCCUGCGAGAAGAGUGGUGAGGUGGGUGCUGCGUUCCAACUCUUUAGGCAGAUGCUCUCACAGGGCCCCAGGCCUGACACGGUGACGGCCAACGCCUUGAUCAGCAGCUGUGAGAAGGGCAAAGCCUGGCGCCAGGCCCUGGAUCUCUUGAAUGCCAUGCCCAAGUUCCAGCUGUUCCCUGACAACAUCUCCUACAAUGCCGCCAUCAGCGCUUGUGAGAAGUGUCAUCAAUGGCAAUGGGCCCUCCAGCUGCUGGAGGAGUUGCCAGAGGCCUCCUUGCAGCUGGAUGUGGUGGGCCUCAACGCUGCGAUCAGUGCCUGUGAGAAGGUGGCCGACUGGCGUCGGGCUUUAGCCUUGCUGACGCAGCGAAGGUCUCCAAGGCCUAAUAUCAUCAGCUUCAAUGCAGCGAUUGGGGCAUGUGAGAAUGCGCAAAUGUGGCGAGAAGCCUUGGAACUCUUCAGCCAGGGUGUGCACCUUGGGCCCACCUGGGGCACCUUCUUGGUGACGAUCUCUGCCUGCGGGCAUGGCCGGCGUUGGGAGAUGGCCUUGGCUCUCAAGGAGCAAGGUCUGAAUUCCUUGCAGCACCAGCUCAGGUUCCCCGAUGCGAUCCUGGGCCUCUUCAAUGCAGCGAUUACUGCAUGUGAGAAAGCCAGGACUUGGACGCAGGCACUGGAGCAGCUGGCGCAGCUGCGGCAGUUGCGUUUGCAGCCAAAUGUGGUGACCUUCAGUGCUCUCAUCAGCGCCUGUGAAAAGUCACGGAUUUGGGAAGUGGCUGUGGAGCUUUGGACGGAGCUCCACCGCUGCGCCGUGGCGCCGGAGCUGAUCACCUACAACGCGGUCAUCAGUGCAUGUGAAGCAAACUGGAGGCUCGUCUUGGAGCUUCUAGCGCAGCUGGCCGCCGAGCCGCGUUUGGCGCCGGAUCUGGUGACCUGCAACGCGGCGAUCUCGGGUUUCGCCUAUGGCCAUCAGUGGUCACGCGCCUUAGGGAUCCUUCAAGGCAUGUCGGCACUGCGUUUGCAGCCCAGCCUUGUGACGUAUUCGGCCGUUUGGACGGCUUGCCUUCAAGGAGGCCAUCCUCAUCACUUGCUGCGCCUCCUGGGGGAGGCGCAGGAAGCGUGCUCCCUGGACGCCGCCGCUUGCGAGUUGGCGGUCCACGCCGGGGAGGCGUCCCGCAGCGGUGCCUACGUCCCUGGAUCUGCCUUGAUCGUUCCAUCGAGCCUUUCGGCGCCCACCUGGCGAGCGAACGGCUUCGGGUCGGGCGGAGAGGUGGGCGUGGAGGGGAGGCCGUGUGUUGGGCCGGUGGACCGAUGUGAUGCAGUGAACCUGAAGUAUCCAGUGAUGAGGUUGGUGGAUUUGACGUCCUCGGCAGUCUAUGCGGCGUGCUGCUACCGGCGGUUCUUGUAUGGCCCAGCUUUUAACCAUGAAGGCGAGAUCUAUUUGGCUGCAGCCGCAUCCUUGAUCGCAAGCUGGUUCUACAUCGUCAUGUUCCACCUCCACCGGACCCAAGAAGAGGCCCAUUGGAGUAGUUCCAUUGAGUUGGAGUGGUUUAGCUUGAAGGUCACAUUCUCGUGUGUCGUGGGAUUGGUCUGUGGCUUCCUCAUCCUGGAGAGCCUUUGCUUGUGCUCCAUCAUUUGCAACAAGGAGCCUUUGGGCCCCUCCGCUGCCUUCGACGUGCCCUUGGUCGGUUGUUGUGCAGCGGCGUUACAGCCGCCCAAGACCUUGCGAGAGGUCGUUGCCUUCCGUGAUCAGCAUUGUGCUGCUGCCAUGGGUGAAUUCGGUCGACGCGUCUUAGCAGGCUAUGGCUGUUUGCUUCGCGUGGUGCAAGACAUUCCUGGCAUCCUGCUGAGUAGCAUCGAUCUAGUCAGCUUUGGGCCAUCCUGGUACGCCAUCUUCAAGCUGUCCGCCUCCGCCUCUGCUUUGCUGUUCUUCCUGCUGCUGGUCCUCACCCGCGCCACACCCGCACCACCGGCACCCGCAGCGAAGCCUGCAACGCCGGAGACGGUGCUCGGUGCCGGCGACCCUUCGCCGGGAGACGGUGCUCGGACCGCCGAGGGGAUCCACUCGGUGAUGCCGUGA